AGUUAAGAUCGAUCUUGCAGAUGGUCCCGCCGCGGUGGAGUCUUAAAAGCCCGCACACCGCACAUCUCGAGUGAGAUUGGGUGGUUGUGAAUCGCACCUGAUCGGCGUGCAUCUCGUUCCUGCGAGCGCCGGCGUGAAAGAGGAGAAAAGCGGCGCUGUGUUCCUCCGGCCCAUCGCAUUGGCGUCCGCUAGACCUCAACCACCACCUCACGCGCUUGAUACACCACUGACGACGACGACAACCCAAGAACGGGUACCUGGAAGAAGUCGCGUGCAUAGGUCGAGCUACGCGUGGUUCCUGCUACCUACAGUACCGCGGGAACGCCCCUACUUAUUAUAUGCGAACCAAGACAUCUCGCAUCGGUACUCGUUCGGCCGUAAAGCAAGCAGGCAGGCACACGCCAGCCAGACAUCUCCUGCCAAAAUGGAUCACUGGAUGUAUGCACCAGCCAAUAGCGCAACAGGCGCCCAUACUACUUCGUCGGCGACACACCGCUCUGCAGACAACGGCACUUCGACCAAUUACUCCGCUAUUCAAGCCGCGACAUAUCGAGAUUCGACCUCACCAGCAGAAACUUCGCCCAAAUCUUCCAACGCUGCGCCAAGGAUACGGAGGCGGAAUCGCCAGAUCACAUCAUGUCUCGAGUGCCGCAGACGCAAGCUCAAGUGCGACAAGCAAGCACCAUGUGUCAACUGUACACGAUUUCGCAGAGAUUGCCUGUAUCUGGCCCCUGCCACGGAUCCUCAGUCCCAGCAGAAACUAGCUGAGAUCAAGGAGAAAAUGGGCGUGCUAGAGAAAAACCUCGAAAGAGAGGUCGCAGCCCAAACGCAAAAGGGUCACUUGGGUGGCGGCAAAGUCACCAAGCUCACUCCGGAAGAGAUCAGGGCUCAAGAGGAAGCCGACGAAGAAGAAGUCAACGAAGACGAAGACAAUCUGGAACCAACCCCACUAGCCACACAGGAUAAUGUCUACGAAGACAACGACGACGACGAGCUCAUGGAUCUGGGUGUGCAGAUGGGCAAGAUGCGCAUCUCAGAACGGAUCGGAGGCUGGAUCCGUCCGAAGCUUGUCGACGAGAUCACCGACACUCUUGAAGACGUGAAAGCAGGCAAGUCGCGCUUCUCAGGAACGCCAUUGGUCAAAGAUCACCGAGACUUGCGGCCAGGCAUGGGGCCCAAAAUCCAGGCGACCCCCAAGUCCUUUAUUGGCCCUGGUCCCGACUACAUCGCCCCCGCCUCGAGUUUCUUCUUUCCUGGCACGAAUAUGAGCACCAGUCUCGUUGAUUACCUGCCGAGCAAGAGUGCUGCGGAUCAGUUGGUGGCGCGAUAUUGGCAUGCAGUGCACCACAUGUGCAAAAUCGUGCACCGACCAACAUUCGAGCAGCAAUACACUCAAUUCUGGUCCCAGAUCAUGACAGGUACGGAGCCUGUCGCUUCGAUUCAAGCCAUCGUCUUUGCUGCAAUGUUCACUGCUGCUGUGAGCAUGUCAAACGGGCAGGUAGCGCAGAGGUUCGGCACAUCGAAGAAUACUCUUAUAGACAGUCUGCGAUCUGGAACAGAGUUUGCACUCGCCAAAGCGAACUUCUUGAGGACGACCAGAGUAGAUACGAUGCAAGCCUUUGUGAUGUAUCUGAUACCUCUCGUGAGAGCGGAGGUGUCCAGAGCACACUCUGCACUAGUAGGUACCGCUAUUCGACUCGCAGAAUGCAUGGGCUUGCAUCGGGAUGGCACACAUUACUCCAUGACACCGGUAGAAGUGCAGGUCCGCCGUCUGAUAUGGCAUCAGCUUUGUUUCUUGGACAUGAGAACCUGCGAGGCAACUGGUCCUCGACCGCAAAUUCGCGCCGAAGACUACGAUACUAAAAUGCCAUGGAACGUGGACGAUGCAGACCUGAUCGGGGAAUACCCUGUAACGGAAGACCGUGACUACUGGACCGACACAACCUUUGAGCGCAUACGUGCAGAAUGUCAAGAAAUGCGCCGAAGGGUCUGGUAUGAUAUCGUGGCCGUGGAUAAGAGGAAGAAGUCGCUCACAUCCGUACUGGUCAAAAUACAGAAAUUCAUCACAAGCACAAGAGAGAAGUAUCUUCCCAUGCUCGACAAUGCGAUGCCAUUGCAGCGGGUGGCGGUUUUGAUGCUGAACACCAUGCACGGAGGGCUGCAUCUGCAGGUUUUGCACCGCUACCUUUUCAGUACCACACAACGCAUGCCUGAUCGAUUGAGGCAGGUCCUCAUCGAGGCGGGGCUGAAUCAAAUGGAGUGCUCUGUGGAAUGGGAAAAGAGACCUGAUUUGGCACCCUGGCUAUGGUAUCGAGGCGCAUUCAAUCAAUAUCACGCGGCACUGCUAUUGUUGGUUGAAGUCUAUGCAUACCCUAUGCGGAAAGAAGCAUCAAGGAUAUGGACAUGUCUGGACUUCAUAUUCGAGGUCCCUUCACAUCUAGCGCCGAAGCAGAAAGCGGAGCUCAUAUUGACGGACCUGAGGGAUCGCAUGGAGACAUUCCACCAAACUCGCAAAAUGAAAGUCUCGAAUCAGAUGCAACAGCGUACUGGCGGCGGAGAGAAACCUCACGGGCGGGUCCCAAGUGGCGUGAGCAACGACUCUGGUGUGCACGUGCAGCAACAGAAUGACGGGAUUACAGGUGUGAUGGCGGUCUCUUUCCCACCCCAAAACUUUUCGCCGCCACCAGUUCAGCCAGAUUCACAGUCGAGCGAAAGCGGAAGCAGGCAUGGUAGCGUAGGAGCUCAAGCACAACCUCAGCAGCCCCAGAGCACGGAUGUCGACAUGCAGGAGAUCGAUUGGGCCGAAUGGGAGAAAGUGUUCAAUCCCGCCAUCUACACAGGAGAUCUCGACGUUCCAAACUUCGACAUGGCCAAUUUCACAGGAGCCGGCUUCACGGGUCAACCUCUCGAUAAUUACGGCUACAGCACAAUGGCGGCUUCCAACAUCAACGCCAUCGGCAAUGCGAGCUACGCAGCUCCGAGAGCAGAUGCGAGCUUCGAUGGCACCUUUCGCGCUCCCAGCGUGGCCGAUAUGGCUGACGUGAACCUGUCUGGAGGGCCGACUUUACUGCCGACGCUGAGUUGGCAGAAGCAACGAGAACAAUAUGAACGGCAAUUUAGACCGAAUGCUGGAGGAUAUUAGGAAACAUGUACGGGCAGUACCGGCUCGCAAUUCUGUUUCGCGAUGUGUAUGAAUCUUCUUUCUCCUGCGUGCGCUGGUCGCAGAGACUUCGUAUUGCAAUACCCAUUUUCCACCGUCAUCUCCC